AGCAAGGGGUUAUUUGAGACAUACCAUUUUGUUCGCGCCAGAUUUCAAACCCCGCACCGCAGGACUGGCGACCGCUCAUAGUUUGACCAAAAAUGCCUCUUUUAGGCCGAAAAGUUUACAUUCCGAGGACGCAGGACAGGAUAGAGAGAUACUCUGAAGCCAUCUUCAAAGUUUCAUUCACCAACGAAGUCUGCAAAAGCAAAGAUGAAUAUGAGAAGCGUCUAGAGUUUUAUCGUCAGCCGAUAUGGACUUGCCAGUGCACAGGAGUGAGUGGUCUCUCCUAUCAGGAAGCGUGUAGGUCAGAGGUCAGUGCACGCGAGCAGUUGGAAGAUGAAUUUCCCAUCCGGCUCGAGAGGACUGUGCUGGAACUGGUUCACCACAGUGCCACCCCAUUGGAUACUCUCGUUAACGAGGUCAAGGCGUAUCUGCAGAAUCACUUUGAAGUCGGAGAAACGGUGGAGCUGAAAGUACAACUGAAAGGCAAAAUAAUUAGGGGGAAGGUCCUGAAGAUCACCCAGUCAUCAUCUGAUGAGUGGACUGCCAUAACGAUUCCUGAUUCUUUGGCACAGUCACAGAUGAAAGAGGGAAGUUCACCUUCUAGCGACAAGGAGAAUCACGUUGAGGAUGGAAGUAGAACUCCUGGGAAACCUAGCAAGAAGAUCAAUAAUAAGAAUUUCAGGUAUACUAUCCGACUGAGCGAUGAAGACAAAAUCAUCAGUUCAAUACCAGGCCAUGAACUUAUUCACACCGUUCCUCUGCCCUCCUGUGAUCUCAUCAAACUCUUCAUCCGAGCCAAUGCCAUCCAGACAGGCUCCUCCAUCAACUCCCCCUGGGUCGUCUCUGAAGAUCUCUUCAGCAAAUUCAACCUCGUCAAUAAGUAUGAAGAUAUCAGCCUCAGCCCUUACAAGACCACCUAUGAAACGCCCAAAGCCCAAAAACGACCGGCAGAGAACCAGAUCUCCAAAUCCUCCAAGAAACGGAAACUGUCGGACCAGUUUGUGGCUCUCGGCUCUCCCAAGAUGAAGCAGGCAACUCUUGACAUGAGUUUCAAGACCAAGUCGGGAUUCAAGAGCGACUCUGAGGAUCCUAACCAAAUGUCAAGUCCAGAGAAGGUUCGCAUGGACCACACCUACAGUUCCCCCAUCGGAAAAUCAUCGCACAAGAACUCUCCAAAACGGUCGCCAAAAAAAGCUGCCACCUCUAGGAAGGAAUCCCCUAAGGCUAGAAAAUCUCUGAGCAAAACGACUUUGAAAAAGCCGAAGAAGGAAGGAGCAGCUGCAAAGAAGAAAGAGAGUUCUGGUAAGACUAAGGACAAGAAGAAAACCAUCCAGAAGUCUAAGCCUGUCAAAGACGACAAGGGGAAAGUUAAGAAGGUCCGGAAAACACCAAUCAAGAAGAGCUCUUCAGAAGAGGAAGUCAUUGAUGUUGACACAAUUCAAGAAAUAGUCUCCAAGAUCAGUCGUAAGACACCCUCAAAGAAGAAGCUAACGGAUCACUUCAAGAUGCUCCAGGGCAACUCUCCAUCAGAAGAUGAAUUCAAAGUCACUCCUAAGAAGACUCCUUCCAAACAAGCCAAGAACAAUAAGACCACAUCCCCCAAAUCAAAGACCAAAACCCUCGCACAGAUCAAGAAAGAAAAAGGGAAAAAGGCUGUCACAAAAGUUGCAAAGAAAUCCCUGACAGGAACUCCAAAGAAGGCCAUGCAACAAAGGAAGACUGCAAAAUCUCCAGUUAAGAAAACUAAAACUGGAACAAAGGAAAAGACCACUAAGUCGCCAGUCAAGACGCCAAAGAAGGGUACUCCGAAGAAAUCACCGGCUAAGAAAGCCACUCCUAAGAAGACACCACAGAAAAAGGGGAAAGUCUCGCCAGUUAAAACGCCCAAGUCUAAGAAAUCACUGAAGCAGAUGACCCUCUUUGACCUUGCCGGGAAGAAGUCUAAGACUCCUGAUUCUCAGGUCCGCUAUAAACUAAGCACGCCUCAGAGCCCUCGGCAACCACCCAUCAUUACCAAAUUAAUCCGUGCCAAGAAGAUCAAGGACACAGCAUUGUACAACAAGAUGAUGAGCAAAGCAGUCAAGGAGCUGAACGAUAAACAGAUCAAGAACUUGAAACCAGAAAUCAAAGACGAAGUAACUGCCAAGUAUGAGGAGUACAAGAUGAAACUCAAGUGGAAAACCAUGACACCAGAGGAACGGAAGGAGUUGAUGAUGCAGAAACGAGAAGAGAAGAAGAAACAACGAGACGAGGAGAGACAGAAGAAGAUGGAGGAGGAACGCAAGAUGAGACUGGAACAGGCCAAGCGAUUCGAAGACCAGGAUCUUAAACUGAAGUCCCUUCCGACACCCAAGCCGGUACCCAUGCCAGACGGUCUCCCUAACACCCUCUUCGGUGAUGUCGCAAUGGUGGUGGAGUUCCUCAACUGUUACUGCGGUCUGCUCAUGCCCAAUGACCCUUACCCGGUCACUGCUGAUUGCCUGACUAGGGCCUUAGCUGGAGGCAGGGAGGGUUUCGCCUACUUAUCUCGUGUCCUCGUCAUUCUGCUCAAGACUUUGCUGCAGGAUAAAAUCGCUGAGGACUACAAAGAGCUGAGCAUGUCCCUGUCGCAGAUUCCCGUCAACAUGCACACAGCCUCAGAACUUCUCCGUCUCAGUCUUCGUCACGAUGACCAGGACAAUGACGAUCAGAGUAGCAGCAGUGGCAGCGAUGACUUCAUCAAUGACGAUGAAGUGCCUCAGGAAGUGGUGGAGUUACUGGAGACCAGCGAGUUCUUUGAGUUGGAGCCUCAGGAGAAGCUUGAGUUACUAGUCUUCAUGUGCCAUCGCAUCCUGGCCUCCUACGCUGUCCAAGACUUCAUGGAUAACAAGCAGAAAGUCGCUGCUCGAUUGUGGAGAGACAAGAUCCAAACACUCAAAGAGAAGAAUGAGAAGAUCAAAGAAGAGAAACAGAAACUGAAGGAACAACGGGAGGCGGAGAGGCUACAACGGGAGGAAGAGCUAAGAUUGAAGGCAGAGGCGGCUGGCGCUACACAGAAUGGGGAAGGCUCAGAGGUCAAACCAGAUGAAAAACCCAAAGAGAAGAAAGGACGUAAGAAGAAAGAUGUGAAGGAGAACAAGGAGGAGACGGACUCAACCAAUGAGACCGAAGAGAAUCUUGACUUGGCAUCAGUCGUCAAGAGAAGACGUCUUCUAGCAGCUAAGACUAAAGCUGAGAGAGAAGAACAAGAGAAAAUUGAACGAGAAAAGAGAAUUAAAGGAGAGGAAGAAUACAAAAGAAUGAGAGCUCAAGAAAUCUUUGAGAAGAAAUUUGAAGAUGGCAUACAGCAAGCUAAGCUAGCCCUACGCCAAGUCCCCAUCGGCACCGAUCGUAAUCACAGUCGUUACUGGGUCUUCUCAAGCGUCACCCCCGGUCUGUUCAUUGAGAAGGGCUGGGUAGAAUCCACCAUCACCUAUAGUGCCAAGAGAGACGGCAAGGGAAACGGAGGAGGACGUGACGACAACAACGGCACAGAAAAGACUUUUCCCAAGGUUGGGCAGAAUCUUUGGUUCCAGUACGAGAGCGCCAAGGAACUAGACACCCUGAUGGAGGCCCUGGAUAACCAGGGCAUCAGAGAGAGCGCCCUCUAUGUCGAGGUCAAGAAGCGUUACCAGGACAUUUCCAAGACUAUCAACCUGUCCAGGAGAUCUGGUCCAGAGUUGAGGGAAUCGGACGGUCCAAAGGAACUCUUACAGUCACUGAGGGAAGACUUGUUAGACAUAGAGAGUCACAUCCAGCAGGGCAACCUAGGAGGGGUGGUGAAUGCAGGCAAGUGGGAGGAACGAGUCAAGAACGCGACAAAGCUCAAGGAUCUGGGAGGAUUAAUUAUUGAGAGCCAGGCAGGCGUCAAUCCCAAGUUCCUUCAAGGCAUCAUGGCCCCUCCCAAACCCAAAUCUAAACCCUCGGAAGAUGACAACAAAGAUGAGGAUCGAGACGAAGACAGUGAUCAGGAAGAGGAUGAGCCGGGCAUUCCAGAGAAGGUAGCCAAGUGGAUUGAAGCGGUGGAGAGCGCCCCCACACUGUCGCGCUUACACCUGCUCCUGAGCGUCUACGAGGCGUGCGUGCGCUGGGAGAAAUCCUCCGAGAAUGCCAAGUGUAAGAUCUGCCGUCGUAAAGGUGACGAGGAUCAGCUGCUGCUGUGUGAUGAAUGCAACCAGCCGUUUCAUCUGUUCUGUCUACGGCCAGCGCUCGUCACUGUACCUAAGGGGGAUUGGAAGUGCCCUGCUUGCGCGCCAUCUACAAGGAGAAACGCACGGAAUCGUAGCUACAAAGGCAUGGAUGACUCCGACGAAUCAGAGAGUUCAUCUGAUGAUGAGGAUGAUGAUGCUGAUUCUGAUUCUGAAGACUCAGAAUCCAAUGAUGUGAUUGAGCAUGAAGACAUAUGCACGGUUUGCUCGGAGGCUGGUGAGUUGGUACUGUGUGCUGAAUGCCCGCUGGCCUAUCACAAGGACUGCCAUGAACCACCUAUGCGCAACUUCCCCAGAGGUCGCUGGGUGUGUGCCUCAUGUCUGAACCCCGCUCGCUCCUCACGGUCCAAGCGGGCGGAGCAGAAAGCUAAGAAGGAAGCUCUGGCAAAGAAGAAGAAGCAACGAUUGACAAAGAAGAGGAAAGCACAAGAGGAGGCGAAAGCUGCUGCUAAGAAAACUAAGAUUGUCUUCACUUGCAAGAUUGCUGAAGACAUCAUUGGCAAGAUGUUGAGAUACAGGGAUAGUGGUCCGUUCCGUACCAUGCCGGAUCCAGCAGACGCGCCAGACUAUGAAGAGGUCAUUGCCAAUCCUGUAGACCUUCACAUGUUGAAGGACCGAUGUAGCUGCGAGGAAUACGACAAACAGCAGGAAUUCCUCGACGAUGUCCGCUUACUCUUCACUAAUGCUAAGCAAUAUUAUGAGGAUGAUGAACACGUCAUCCUCCAAGCUCAGAAACUGGAAGAUUUCUACGUCAACCUCCUCAAGUGGAACCUCCCACAGGCUGUGGAGGCCUGGCAGCAAGGUCCUUCCCGAUUGAGGCAAAGGAGUAGGAAUCCAGUCAGUCGGGCCGAUGACCGAGCAGACCACAGCUAUGGCCGGAGGUCACUACGACAACUGCACCAUUAAUGUCCAGUUUGUAGCAAAUUUUAUCAAAAUGAAUUUUGUUUAAUGAUUGAUCUUCGUAAUAUGUGUCUUUUUAUGUGCGGGGAAAAUAUGUAUUUGUAUUAUUAAGCGUCUAAAGUUUUGUUUUACUAGUAAGUAACUGCCAAAGUAGAACUUUUUGGUCGAUUCUUAAGACUUUGUGUACUCUUACUAAAUCCUCCAGUAAUUUUAAAAUUGGUAGCUCUUAGGAUCCAAGUGAGUUUGUGAAGUGUGGUUUUGUAUAAUCUUUGGAAUAUCUGCAGGAGCAUAUUUUUGUAAAAUAAAUAAAUAGUUACCUCAAACAAACAAAAACAGUACAGCAACUAUUUCCAGUUUUUGUAAAAUGAUUAAUGGACCACUAAUUUAUUUGUUUCCUCCCUGAAAAUUCACCUUUUUAGAAUAAUUUCCCUUAUUUGGGAUGGUUUAUGCAUGCUGGGCAGAUACAUUGUGUAUACUGAUACUGUUGUAGCACUCAAAUGUUAAGUAUCAAA